AUGUGUGCAGAGACAGACGCCAAAGACUUCUUGGCAGGUGGAGUGGCUGCGGCCAUUUCAAAGACGGUGGUAGUACCCAUGGAGCGGGUCCAGCUGCUGCUGCAGGUGCAGCAUGCCCGCAAGCAAAUCACGGCAGAUAAGCAAUACAAGGGCAUUAUAGACUGCAUGGUUCGUAUCCCCAAGGAACAGGGAGUCUUGUCCUUCUGGUGUGGUAACCUGGCCAAUGUCAUUAGAUACUGCCCCACCCAGGCUCUCAACUUUGCCUUCAAAGAUAAAUACAAGCAGAUCUUUUUGGGUGGUGUGGACAAGAGGACCCAGUUUUGGCGCUACUUUGCAGGGAACCUGGCAUCAGGUGGUGCCGCUGGAGCCACAUCCUUGUGCUUUGUGUACCCCCUGAUUUUGCCCACUCGUCUACCAGCUGAUGUGGGCAAAGCUGGAGCUGAAAGGGAAUUCAAAGGCCUCGGUGACUGCCUGGUUAAGAUCUACAAAUCUGAUGGGCUUAGGGGCCUGUACCAAGGCUUUAAUGUGUCAGCCCAGGGCAUUAUCAUCUACUGA